UAUGAAUUAUCGGUUUGCGCGUGUGACGGUAUCAUAGGACACUAGACUCAGCUCCUCCAGAGGAACCCCAACGAUAAAAUUUCUCCGCUCAGAUCGAUAGCACAUCAUGAUUACUCAUUGAUGCAAAACUGUUCCCCGAAACAUAUAGUUUUUGUUAAAUAUAAUUCGUGCAAUAUUAAUAGCGAUGGAGGCGAGUAACAUACUGAUGAAUAAUCGAUCUGAUAAAUAUUUUCAUCAGUAUAAGCCUUCACACGCAAGCGGUGCAGUAAACCCUCAGUGUCACAGUGUCCCUCAGCAAGGGAACACCAAUGAACUGAAAUAGAAAUAAGGUACAAGGAAGAAAUGCAUCAGUUGCACUGGAAUCGAGACAUGCAGUAUGCCCUUGGCUUCUCAAAGCUCUGGUGCAUAACUGUGGGUGUCUGGCCAUGGAAACGCGAUGAAGUCUCGUCUAUCCUACGAAGUGGAUUUUUUUUUGCUAUUGAGUUCUCUGCAGGUAUAUCGCUAUUGGAGCGGCUAUUCGUCCAUGGAAACUGUGGGUUAAUGUCCCACUUCAUAGAAACCUUGACUGGACUCACCAUAUUCAUGGUGACAGCUCUGAAAAUUCUCCUCCCCUGGCUGGAGCGAGAUCGAAUGUGCUACAUCAUCCAGUCAGCAAUGGAAGAUUGGUCGGAUGUUUGCGAUGCCAAGUCUCGUCGAAUUAUGAAUCAAUACGCCUCUCUGGGACGUUUAGCCUACACCAUUCAAUUUAGCGCAGCACUGGUGAUCGUACUGGAGAUGACACUGUCUCGAUUGCCGAAUUAUAUCACUGAAAUCGGUGACAACAGUAGUUUACCAGCGCGAACACUCAUAUUGGGACCUUCAUGCUGGAUUCCUGUGACAAUGUCCACCAGUUUCUACUUGUUACAUUAUCAUGUAGUUCUGCUGGGUCUCUGGAGUGCUGCACUGAUAUACACAGGCUGCGAUGCAUUCAUGUUCAGUGCUGCGCUGCAUAUUUGUGGCCAACUGGAAAUACUCAGUGGAAAUAUAGAGAGACUCAAUUAUGAAAGGGAAUAUUCGAGUCAAAAAAUGAGGAUCAAGGAAUUCUCCAAACGACACGAUAAAUUACUGAGGCUCAGCAAUUAUCUCAACGAGGUUGUUAAUUUAAUUAUUUUCUCUGAGCUUCUCAGCAAUGGCUUCCUUAUUUGCAUUUCAGGAAUUGCUGUUCUUGGUGAUGUUAAAGAGGGAAAGGUCAAUGGCGAUGAUAUUAAUUUUGGAAUAAGAAUAUGUGUUUGGUACAUGGGGUUAUUUAUGUAUACAUAUGUUGGUGAGAAACUGUGCGUUGAAGCUGAAAGAUUCCAAAACGCAAUUUACAAUUGUUCGUGGUAUAAUAUGUCAUCGUCGACUGCUAAGGAUAUUAAAUUUAUUAUGAUGAGAAAUUAUUCUUUUUGUUAUUUGACCGCUGGUGGAAUUAUCGUAAUGAAUUAUGCGGCUUUCAAGGAAAUUACUAAGCUCAUGUUCUCGAGCUUUUCCGUUCUUAAAAUGGUGUUGGAAUAAAGUGCUUCAUGACAUUCCAUGCUAUUGCAUAUAACUUGUGUAUUUAGUUUCUUGGAAUAAUUGUCGCAACAAAUGGUGCGAUGAAAUAACUCAAUUAAAAAAAAUAAAUAACAACCGUAGUCAAUUGAAUAGACGUCUUCAGGACUGCGAACUCUAGUUCGCAGAAGGUGAUAGUUGAUGAUCAUUUCCAAGCUCUGUAGCGGAAACUUCAUCCGAAAAUUUCCAAAAUAGUGGAUAUUGCACUAGAUAUAUACAUGUAUAUAGCCUUAGAUGUGUCAGAGGAACAUUUUGUUUAAUAAACAUUGGAGUCAAGCGAUUUAUUCGAUAAUACAAAUCAUGACUUCUGUCAAAGUACCUCAAAUUCCUUCUAAGCGGUCAGAAAACACAGCACCACUAAUAAAUCUCUCAGAAAAAUGUUUGUGAUAAUUAGUUAGUUGCACUUUAACGAGUGUUGUUGAAUGAAUGAGAUAUUCACCCGGUAAUCGCCGUCUGAUUGUACGGGUCCAG